UGGAGCUGCGUGUCGGAGCAGCAGCAGCAGCAGCAGCGGGCAGGAAUGGAUGUGUUCAGGGAGCGGAGCCGCGGCGGCGGCGGCUGGAGCUGCCUCUGGCGGCUCGCGGUGCUCCUGCUGUCCGCGUCCUCGCUGCCCGCCGCCACGGCGCUGCUGGAGGGGCUUUACUGCGGGACGGAGGUCUGCUACGAUGUGCUGGGAGUCAGCAGGGAGGCCUCUAAGGCGGAGAUCGCCCGGGCUUACAGACAGCUGGCCCGCCGGUACCACCCGGACCGAUACCGACCCGAAGGUCCCGGAGAUGAGGAGAGCGCUCACACGAAGUUCCUGCUGAUCGCAACGGCUUAUGAGACGUUAAAGGAUGAGGAAACGCGGCGUGACUACGACUACAUGCUGGACCAUCCUGAGGAGUACUACCAGCACUACUACGCCUACUACCGCAGACGGCUCGCCCCCAAAGUGGACGUCAGGAUCGUCAUCCUCGUCACCAUCUGCGCCAUCUCUGCCAUCCAGUACGUCAGCUGGUGCAGCAGCUACAACAAGGCCAUCAACUACCUGGUAACCGUCCCCAAGUACCGCAUCCAGGCUACAGAGAUCGCCAAACAGCAGGGCCUCCUCAGCCGCACCAAGGAGAAGGGCAAAAACCGGCGCUCCAAGGAGGAGAUCCGGGAGCAGGAGGAGGAGGUGAUCCGCGACAUCAUCAAGAACAAAAUCGACAUCAAGGGCGGCUACCAGAAGCCGAGGCUGACGGACAUCCUGCUGUGCCAGAUGGUGCUGUUUCCGUACUACCUGAGCCGCUACGUGGCGUGGUACGUCAGCUGGGUGUACCGCUUCACCGUCUGCAGGGAGGAGUACGGAGAGGAGGAGAAGCUCUACCUCAUCAGGAAGAACAUGAAGAUGUCGGAGGCUCAGUUUGACGGACUGGAGGAAAACGCCAAACAGACGUUCCUGGAGAAACAGCUCUGGAUCAAAGAGAACUUUGAGGUGAAGACGCUCCUUCUGGUUCUGACUCCUUACUGACCUUAUUGCUUAAAAUGUUC